GGAAGCUUCGCGUGCUGAGCAGUGGUUCGUGCUGCUGGUGCGCGGUUAUGGGUCGGAGAAGAGCGCAGGGUGGUGGGUCACUGGGCCGGGUACUUAUCCGGCAGCAGACUCAGCGAAGCCGCAGCCACCGUCACACUGACUCCUGGCUGCAUACGAGUGAACUCAAUGAUGGCUAUGACUGGGGUCGUCUGAAUCUUCAGUCGGUGACGGAGCAGAGCUCCCUGGAGGACUUUCUUGCAACUGCAGAACUUGCGGGGACCGAGUUUGUGGCUGAGAAGCUUAAUAUUAAGUUUGUACCCCCUGAGGCUAGAAAUGGACUGCUGUCUUUUGAGGAGAGCCAGAGAAUUAAGAAACUGCACGAAGAGAACAGGCAGUUCUUGUGUAUACCAAGGAGACCAAAUUGGGACAGAAAAACUAGCCCAGAAGAACUGAAACAAGCAGAGAAAGAUAACUUCCUGAGAUGGAGACGGCAGCUUGUGCGGCUAGAAGAGGAACAGAAGUUGAUAUUGACUCCCUUUGAACGGAAUUUGGACUUCUGGCGCCAGCUCUGGAGGGUCAUUGAGAGAAGUGAUAUUGUGGUCCAGAUCGUAGAUGCUCGAAACCCGCUCCUGUUUAGAUGUGAGGAUUUGGAAUGUUACGUGAAAGAGAUCGAUGCUGCCAAGGAGAACGUGAUCCUGAUAAACAAGGCCGACUUGCUGACUGCUGAGCAGCGGUUUGCCUGGGCUGUGCACUUUGAAAAGGAAGGUGUAAAGGUUAUCUUCUGGUCAGCUUUGGCAGAAACUGAUCCCCUAAAUGGUGACUCGAAGGAGGAAGUAGACAGUGUUGCUGGAGACACCAACAAAACGGAGCCUGAAAGCUCCAGUUUGGAUGCGAAUGAAAUCCCACACAGAGACUUGUUCUCGCUUAGUGAGGAAUCUGCAAGUGACAGCGGUGACAGCGAGUAUGAGGACUGUCAGGAGGAUGAGGAGGAAGAUUGGCAGACGUGUUCAGAAGAAGACAGCGUCCCUGAGGAGGAGGAGGGCUGUUCUUCGGAUUCUGAGACUCAGAACAGAAAAAACGCAGAACAUCAACAAGUGAACAAUGAUAGCUACCUGGUGUCGAAACAGGAAUUACUGGAACUCUUUAAGAAACUCCACACUGGAAAGAAAGUGAAAGAUGGACAGCUAACUGUUGGGCUGGUGGGCUACCCUAAUGUUGGUAAGAGCUCAACCAUCAACACCAUCAUGGGCAACAAGAAAGUAUCCGUGUCUGCCACGCCAGGCCACACCAAGCAUUUCCAGACCCUGUACGUGGAGCCUGGCCUCUGCCUGUGUGACUGCCCGGGCCUGGUGAUGCCAUCUUUUGUGUCCACCAAAGCAGAGAUGAUUUGCAAUGGGAUCCUCCCUAUCGACCAGAUGAGAGACCACGUUCCACCCGUAUCACUAGUUUGCCAGAAUAUCCCACGGCGAGUUUUGGAAGCGACGUAUGGUAUUAACAUUAUAAAGCCUAGAGAAGAUGAAGACCCCUACCGACCUCCGACCUCAGAAGAACUGUUGAUGGCUUAUGGAUGCAUGCGAGGAUUCAUGACAGCACAUGGGCAGCCAGACCAGCCUCGAUCUGCACGGUACAUCCUAAAGGACUAUGUCGGAGGUAAACUACUGUAUUGCCAUCCUCCUCCUGGAAAAGACCCUGUGGCAUUCCAGCACCAACACCAGCAGCUCCUAGAGUGCAAAGUAAAAGGUGAAGAGCUGAGACUUCAGCCGGGCAAAAGCCGAAAAACCAAACAGAUCGAAAAUGUAGUCGACAAAACUUUUUUCCAUCAGGAGAACGUCAGAGCACUGACCAAAGGCGUCCAGGCUGUCAUGGGUUACAAGCCUGGGCGUGGCCUGGUGACUGCGGCUGCUGCGAGUGCUGAGAAUGUACCUGGGAAGCCCUGGAAAAAACACGGUAACAGAAACAAAAAAGAGAAAAGCCGUAGGCUCUACAAGCACCUGGAUGUGUGAGCUCGGCUGAACAGAGACGGCAGGCAGCUGCACUGUGCAAGAGGACAAGAGGCUCAAGCCACCACUGCCACCGCCGCUGCCGUCGCUGCUGUGCUGCUCUCCUGACCACUGUACUGUGGACUGGACCCUGCUCUCCUGGAGAGCACAGUCGUACCAGAAGUCUUGACAGCAAGACAGCCUUUUGGAAGCACCUGCUGUGGCCAUGGUAGUCAUAGGGUGCCCCAGAAGUCUCAUCCUGCAGAAGGACGGUGGCCAUGUGUAUAGCAUACAAAUGCACAUUGGCUUUGAGGUUGGGGAAGUUAUUAAAAUUAAUUUCCACUAA